UGGUGAGGUUAAAACAAGCUUUCAUGUCAAUUGUUAGAAUUCAACACCAUCAAUGUCAACUCAAAAACUCUCACAAGUAUUGGAGAAAGCCCUCUCUAGGAACUCCACUUCAUUAAAAAACCAAAACAAAGCAGCAGAAAUUACUCAAACCCUCAUAAACUCUGGCCUUAAACCCUUUAAAACCAAUCCAUCUCUGCUCUCCAAUCUCAACUCAAACAUAAUAAACCUCAUUAUUUCAAACCCAAAUCUCCCUCUUCAUUCAUGUACCAUCUUCUUCAACUUUUUAAAAACAAACUUCUCUCUUGCUUCCCAAAAACCCAAUCUUAAAACCCAUUUAACCUUCAUUCUCAGAUUGUAUAAAGAUGGAAAAUUUAAAGAAAUAAAAGAAGUAUUGAAGUUUAUUAUCUUUGAUGAUAAUCUUAGAUACCCAGUUGAGGAAAUGUUUUCUUUAGUUGGUUUUGAGUGUAAUGACUCAAACUUUCUCCAAAAGUUUUGUGAUUUCUUUUUUCGAGUUUGUGUAGAUAACAAAAUGUUUGAAGAGGCAAGUGGGGCUUUUGAUUAUAUGGAGAGAAUGGGUUUUAAGAUUGAUGAAGGGUCUUGCAUUUUGUAUUUGAUUGCAUUGAGGAAGUGUGGUAAAGGUGAUUCCCUUCUGGGGUUUUUUAGGAGAAUGAUUGAGUCUGGUGUGGAAAUUAGUGUUUAUUCUAUGACAAUUGUGAUUGAUGGAUUGUGCAAUAGAGGGGAAGUUGAGAAAGGUAGAGAGUUGAUGAAUGAAAUGGUCAGUAAAGGGGUAAUGGCUAAUGUUAUUACUUAUAAUACAAUUUUAAAUGCAUACGUUAAAACGAAGGAUUUUGAAGUUGUUAGUGAGGUUUUGAGAUUGAUGGAGGAGGAGAAAGUGGAGUAUAAUGCUGCUACUUAUACUGUUUUGAUUGAGUAUUUUGAAUGUGUUGGUAAGCAUGAAGAAGCUGAGAAGAUGUUUGAUGAAAUGCGUGAGAGAAGGGUGGAAGCGGAUGUUCAUCUUUACACUUCUAUGAUUAGUUGGCAAUGUAGAAGAAGGAAUAUUAAAAGAGCCUUUGCUUUGUUUGAUCAGUUGAAUGAGAAAGGACUUGUUCCGAAUGCACAUGUUUAUGGGGCUUUAAUUGAUGGUCUCUGCAAGACUGGGCAGAUGGAGGCAGCUCAGAUGUUAGUGAAUGAUAUGCAAAGUCAAGGAAUUGUUGUCAAUCAGGUGGUAGUUAAUACACUUCUACAUGGGUAUUGCAAAAAGGGGAUGAUGGAUGAUGCUUUGAGGCUACUGGCUGUUAUGGAGAAGAAAGGUUUUGAGCCUGAUGUAUUUACUUACAACAUUAUGGCUAGUGGGAUGAGUAGAUUGAAACGGCAUGGGGAAGCAAAGAGAUGGUUGUUCAUGAUGGUAGAAAAACAAGUGAUUCCUAAUGUAGUCAACUUCACCACUUUGAUUCAUAUUCACUGCAAAGAAGGGAACAUUGUUGAGGCAAAGAGGCUAUUUCAACAGAUGCAGAGAAGGGGAGAGAGGCCUAAUACCAUUACAUACAAUGCUCUCAUUGAUGGAUAUACCAAGAAAGGGGAAAUGAAGGACGCUUAUAAGCUAAGGAAUGAGAUGGAAGCCAAGGGGAGAAUUCCAGACAUAUACACAUACACGUCACUUGUGCAUGGUGAAUGUAAUUAUGGUAAGGUAGAUGAGGCGAUGAAACUGUUUAAUGAAAUGUGUCAAAAGGGUCUAGUUCCAAAUGUAGUCACCUAUACAGCAAUAAUUUCAGGGUUGUGUAAGGAUGGGAGAUCAGAUGAAGCAUUUAGAUUGUACAAUGAGAUGAUCAGUAUGGGCCAUAUGCCUGAUCAAAGAGUUUAUAGCUCACUUGUGGGUAGCCUUUAUACAACUGGGGUCAAUAGUUCUGGUUGCAAUUAAUGUUUGCUUCAAACAUAAAUUGAAUGAUCCUUUACUCUGCUGCCCUUGUUUACUGGUAUGUAGUUUAGACUUCAUAAUAUGUUUCAUAACAUGGUCCGUACUUUAUGUUUGCUUUGGGAGUUUAUGUGAGUUUGCUGAGUCACAGCUUUUUGGAGAUAGCUUUAGGCCUUGAAGCUUCAAAGGUUUCUUUCAUUGGGGUCAUCAAAGAUGAUAAAAGAAGUAGGUUUUUGCAUAGCCUUAUUGUAAAUGGAUAGGCUCCUCAAGUUCUUAUAUUGAAACACCCUGCUGUUGGUGGAUUCAUGACUCACUCUGGGUUGAAUUCAGUAUUGGAAUCAGUGAGGUCAGGUGUGCCACUCAUUACAUGGCGACUCUUUGCUGAGCAGUUUUAUAAUCAGAAAUUUGUAUUGACUCGGUUGAGAAUUGGUAUGGAAAUAGGUGUUCAGAGUGGCAUGGCAUGGGAAGAGGAGGAGAAGAUUGGCGUCUUGGUUAAGUGAAAGCAAGUUAAGGAGGUUGUAACUAUGUUGAAGAUGGGGUGAGGAGGUGGAACGAAUGAGGAAGAGAGUGAGUCAACACAGUGAGCUGGCCAAGGUAGACUGUAAGCAAAGGAGGAUCUUCAUACCUCAUUACAGGCAUUUUGACAGAGGACCUCUUGAAGCGGACUUGCGUGGA